GAAAUUCAUAAUUUUAUAGACCCUACACUAAUUCUAAUAUCUAAUCAUUUAUCUAUAAUAUUUUUCCUAAACCAAUUCCUCAUUCAACAAAAGAGAAAAGAAAGAUCAAAGAGAAUAGAAGGUACGAGAUCCGAGAUCCGAGAUCCGAAUGUUUCCGGAGACGACAGAGAGAUGAUGCCAAAGAGCCCUCUCAGGAAUUAGUGAUGCAGUUUUCGAAAUGGGUUUCGGAUCUCGACUGGCGUGUGCUCCUCCUCAUCCUCCCUCUCUCUCUCCUCCUCUUCCUCUCUCUCUCUUCCUCCUCCUCCCCCUUCACUUCUCUCCCCUCUUUCCCCCCUCUGAAAUCCAUUCUUUACAACCGCACCACCCCCUCCCCGAACCUUAGCCGAUCACCUCCGCCGAUUCCGCCGCCUCCGAACACGAAUGAAUCGGAGACGAGCCGGUUGGAGAGGUCAAGAAUGGCGGUUUGUCUGGUGGGAGGGGCGAGGAGGUUCGAGCUAACUGGACCGUCAAUUGUGGCGAAAAUUCUAAAGGUUUAUCCAAACUCAGAUCUCUUCUUGCACAGCCCUAUGGACUCGAAUGCAUUCAAGUUCUCUCUCCUCAAGAUUGCCCCCAAAAUCGCGUCCGUUAAAAUUUUCCAGCCCAAACCAAUUCCUGAAACUGAGUCGGAGCUCCGAGUUCUCACCGCUAGCAACUCACCCAACGGCAUACAGGGACUCUUGCAAUAUUUCAACCUCGUAGAGGGAUGCUUGAAGAUGAUCAAAGCUUAUCAGGACCAAAAUAACAUCACAUACGACUGGAUAGUCCGAACCAGAGUCGACAGCUACUGGUCUGGUCCACUUACACCUGAUAACUUCGUCCCGGGUCAGUACUUGGUCCCGCCGGGCUCUUCUUACGGCGGUCUCAACGACCGCCUCGGCAUCGGUGACUUCAACACCUCCACCGUUGCCCUCUCCCGACUCUCCCUCAUCCCCCAACUCAACUCAGCCGGGUUCCGUCAACUCAACUCGGAGACCGCCUUCCGAGCCCAACUCACCACCCAACGUGUCCCCUACAUCACCAAACGCGUCCCUUUCUGCAUCGUUACGGACCGGAGAUAUGAAUUCCCGCCGGCGCAUUAUGGUGUUCCGGUGGCGGCAAUGUCGAGUCCGGGGCCGCUGAGCGGGGCCAAGUGCAGGCCGUGCACGGCGGCGUGCUCUGGAUCGUGCGUGGAGAACGUCAUGUCUAGGCUGGACAAAGGGUGGAGCUGGACUGACUGGGCUAACGGAACGCUUCAGCUGUGCAAUGCUCAUGGGGAGUGGGAAAAGGGGUGGGAGAGGGUGUUCGAUCGAGCUGCUGGGAAGAAGCUCGCGGCGGCAAGAAAGCGGGUUUGGGAGAUGAAGAUGAAGCAGUGUGUGGAUGAUUUCGAGGAGAUGAAGAGGCGGACGGCGAUCUGGGACACUCCAGCAGUGGCGGAGAUUUGUAGAGUCGGGUUGGGCUCGUCGUAGGGAGAAAGCUUGGCUGUAAAGAUCGUUAUAGUAGUAGCUUUUUUUUAUUAGUCGGAAUAUACUCUGUAGUUUUUUAUUUAGAGGAAUUCUUUGGUGUAGGUGUUUUUCGAGGGAAUUUAGUUUUGGGUUUUACCUUUUUGAAUAAUGAAAAAAUAAAGCAGCAAAUACCAUAUAAUUUUUUAUUUUCCCUU